AUGCCCAAGAUAGCCCUGAAUGGCGUGACAGUGGACUUCCCCUUCCAGCCGUACAAAUGCCAGGAGGAGUACAUGAGCAAGGUCCUGGAGUGUCUGCAGAAGAAAGUGAAUGGCAUCCUGGAGAGCCCCACAGGCACAGGGAAGACACUGUGCCUCCUCUGCACCACGCUGGCCUGGCGGGAGCACCUCCGUGACACCAUCUCUGCCCACAAGAUCGCCGAGAGGGCGCAGGGGGGGCUUUUUGUCGAUCACACCUUGUCCUGGGGAGCUGCCGCUUCCGAUGGAGACAGCACAGCCUGCUACUCGGACGUCCCAAAGAUCAUUUAUGCCUCCAGGACCCACUCGCAGCUCACUCAGGUCAUCAGCGAGCUUCGGAGCACCUCCUACCGGCCCAGGGUAUGUGUGCUGGGUUCCCGGGAGCAGCUGUGUAUCCACCCUGAGGUGAAGAAGCAGGAGAGUAACCACAUGCAGAUCCACUUGUGCCGGAAAAAGGUGGCCAGUCGUUCCUGUCACUUCUACAAUAACGUGGAAGAGAAGAGCCUGGAGCAGGAGCUGACUACCUCCAUCCUGGACAUUGAAGACCUGGUCAAAAGUGGGAACAAGCACAAGACGCACUGUGGCUUCCAGCAGCCGGAAAAGAUGUGUGAGGAGUCGGCAUCCUUCGACCUGACCCCCCAUGACGUGGCUUCUGGACUGGACGCCAUAGACCAGGUCUUGGAGGAGCAGACCAAGGUGGCACAGCAGGGCGAGUUCCACUUGGACUUCAGUGCGGACUCUGCCGCCUCAGGGCUGCGCAUGGAGUUGGAAGACCUCGCCAAGCUCAAGGUGAUCCUGCUUCGCCUGGAGGGGGCCAUCGAUGCCGUUGAGCUGCCGGGGGACCAGAGUGGUGUCACCAAGCCAGGGAGCUACAUCUUUGAGCUGUUUGCCGAAGCCCAGAUAACCUUUCAGACCAAAGGCUGCAUCCUCGACUCCCUGGACCAGAUCAUCCAGCACCUGGCAGGACGUACGGGGCCGUUCACCAACACAGCGGGGCUGCAGAAGCUCUCAGACAUCAUCCAGAUUGUGUUCAGUGCAGACCCUGCGGAGGGCGUUUCUAGUUCCGUGAUGGGGCCUGGGGUCUCUCAAUCCUACAAGGUGCACAUCCACCCUGAUGCCGGUCACCAGAGGACAGCUCGGCGAUCAGAUGCCUGGAACGCCACGGCGUCCAGAAAGCAAGGGAAGGUGCUGAGCUACUGGUGCUUCAGCCCCGGCCACAGCAUGCGCGAGCUGGUCCGCCAGGGCGUCCGCACCCUCAUCCUCACCAGCGGCACACUGGCCCCCGUGUCCUCCUUCGCCCUGGAGCUGCAGAUCCCUUUCCCAGUCUGCCUGGAGAACCCACACGUCAUCGACAAGCACCAGAUCUGGGUGGGGAUCGUCCCCAAAGGCCCCGAUGGAGCCCAGCUGAGCUCUGCCUUUGACAAACGGUUUUCUGAUGCAUGCCUGUCCUCCCUCGGCAAGGCGCUAGGCAACAUCGCCCGCGUGGUCCCGCACGGGCUCCUGGUCUUUUUCCCUUCCUACCCCGUCAUGGAGAAAAGCCUGGAGUUCUGGCGGGCCCGUGACUUUGCCAGGAAGCUGGAGUCCCUGAAGCCUCUAUUUGUGGAGCCGAGGAGCAAAGGUGGCUUCUCAGAGGUGGUGGAUGCUUAUUACACUCGAGUCGCCUCCCCCGGGUCCAGCGGGGCUACUUUCCUGGCCGUGUGCCGGGGGAAGGCCAGCGAGGGGCUAGACUUUGCGGACACGAACGGCCGCGGUGUGAUCGUCACGGGCCUGCCGUACCCCCCACGCAUGGACCCCCGGGUGGUCCUCAAGAUGCAGUUCCUGGACGAGUUGAAGGGCCGCAGCGGGCCUGGAGGUCAGCUCCUCUCCGGGCACGAGUGGUACCGGCAGCAGGCGUCCAGGGCUGUGAACCAGGCCAUCGGGCGGGUGAUCCGGCAUCGCCACGACUACGGGGCCAUCUUCCUCUGUGACCACAGGUUCACUCACGCGGACGCCAGAGCCCAGCUGCCCUCCUGGGUGCGCCCCCACGUCAAGGUGUAUGACAGCUUCGGCCACGUCAUCCGGGACGUGGCCCAGUUCUUCCGUGUCGCCCAGAAAAAUAUGCCGGUGCCGGGCCCCCUACUCGCUGCCCCAAGUCUGGGUGAGGGAGAAGGUGCUGUCAUGGUGGCCGUGUCGCCUGGCCCCCUCUCCACCAGGAAAGCCAAGAGUCUGGAUGUGCACGUCCCCAGCCUGAGGCGGAGACCCGCGGGGUCGCCGACCAGGGACGCCGAGAGCAGCCUGUGUGUGGAGUACGGGCGGGAGCUGGCCCUCGCUCAGCAGAGGCCUGUGGGGCUGCUGGCAGCCCUGGAACACAGCGAGCAUCUGGCUGGGGGGCCUGGGGACAAGGCCUCCCCUGGGGAGGAGAAGGCAGCGCAUGUCUCCACCCUGUCCCUCCCACGUGAGAAGAGGCCUGCACAGCAGCAGAAAGGAGGCAGAAGGAAGAUCAGGCUGGUGGGCAGCCGGGAGGGGCCGGCGGCCAGUACACAGGCGGGCAGGGCCAAGCUGUUCAUGGUGGCCGUGAAGCAGGCGCUGAGCCAGGCCAGCUUCGACACGUUCACCAGGGCUCUGCAGGACUACAAGGGCUCUGACGACUUUGAGGCUCUGGUGGCCUGCCUCGGCCCACUCUUUGCUGAGGAUCCCAAGAAGCACGGCCUGCUCCAAGGCUUCUACCAGUUCGUGCGGCCACACCACAAGCAGCAGUUUGAGGAGGUCUGCCUGCAGUGGACAGGCCAUGGCUGCGGCUACCGGCCUGAGCACAGCCUUCCUCAGAGGCGGGGCGCUCCGUCAGCCCAGGCCCCCAGGGGAAGGAGGGAGUGUGACCCAAAGCUGACCCUGUCCCAGGAUGCAGCCGGGCAACUGGACCCUGGACAGCACCUGAAUCAAGGCAGGCCUCACCUGGUCUCCGGACCAGCCCCGGCAGGAGACCCCAGCAGCUGUCCAAAAGAGGGUGGAUCUGGAGCCCCCAGGAUGGAGAAGCAAGGCCCGCCUGUGGGGAGCGCCUACUUGGCCGAUGUCCGAAAGGCCCUGGGGUCCGUAGGCUGCAGCCAGCUCCUCGCAGCGCUCACCGCCUACAGACGGGACGGUGACUUCGAGAAGGUGGUGGCCGUGGCGGCCGCACUCACUACCUCAAGGCCCGAGGACUUGCACCUGCUGGAGAGGUUUGGCGCGUUCCUGAGACCUCGCCACCAGCAGCGCUUCCGGCAGGUGUGCGCCGACCUGAUGGGCCCGGCCGCCCCGACCGCGGGCCCUGAGCCGCCGGGUCCCCAGGACAGGACCCCCACCGUGCCUCCCGACCUCGCCCACGGUGAUUCCAGGCCAGGCCCCCCAGGACAGGACAAACCCGGGAGGACCCAGAGCAAGAUCUUGGCCUUCCUUAGACCGAGGCAGGCCGGGGAUGCGGGGGCUCCCAGCCAGCCCCCCAGCGCCCCCCGCAGGCACGCGCCCUCCGAGUCCGGUAGGUCUCCUGGGAGGGGCCGCAGGGAGUGUGGGCAGUGGGCGCGGCGCAGCUGCCGCGGCGCUCACAGCGGCCCCCUUGGAGCAGGCUCGGCGUGCGCCGGCUGCGGGGCGGAGGACACGGUCCCUUUCCAGUGCCCUUCCUGCAACUUUCACCGCUGCCGGGCCUGCUGGCGACGGCUCCUCCAGGCCUCUAGGACUUGCCCGGCCUGCCACGCCCCUGCCAGGAAGCAGAGCAUCACGCAGGUCUUCUGGCCAGAGCCCCAGUGAGGCUGGAGACCCUCGGGCAGGCGGACGCCGCCUCUGUCCCAGACGCAGCUGGGACACUUGUCCCUUCACGGGGUGCGGGCCACGGGCCAGCCAGUGCCCGUGGGGAUGCCCCUGAAAUGGCAGCAGGAUCGGCGCCUGCCUAUGAGAAGCCCCGAAGUACCCUUAGGGUCUGGGGAGGGUCUGCUAAAAGGUACCUCUUCAGAACUUUACUUGGCUGCUUGUUUGUGGGUGGAGCUUCAGGCGCUUGGCUGCUGCGGCCUGAGCCCAGGACUGGAAAGUGGGGGAAACGCUCUGCUCCCUCCUCCCCGGGACCUGUGUGUGUGUGUGCGCGCGCGCGC